UGAUAUGAAAAAUGAUAUCAAAAAUAUGAAAUGAAAGAUGAUAUGAAAUGACAUAAUGAAAUAAAUGAAAUUAGAUGAAAUGAAAUAGUGAAAUGAAAUGAUGAAAUAAUGAAAAUGAAAUGGAAAUGAGAUGAGAUGAGUUUUGAUGAAAUGAGAUGAAAUGAUGAGAUGAAAUGAAAUGAUGAGGUGAAGUGAUGCACUGUCACGUGUGUGUCUUUUUCCCAACCAACAAAAAUUAUAAUUCAUUAAUUUUAAUUUUAUUAUUUAAGAAUAUUCUUAAGAGUUGAAGGAAAAAUAAUAUCUGUACAUUAUGGGUUACAAUUAAGUAUAAAUAAUACAUAAAUACAUUAAAACUUACAAAGAAUAUGUUUCGGAAUCGAAUAUACCAUGCUUCUGUGAUGACAGUUAUUUCAUGCUGGUUGUCACAAUUUUACAUGAAAAACUAAUGAAAAGUUUUUAACUGUUUCUAAAAAUAACAGUUUCCAAAACAGUUUUACAUUCAAAAUAUGAAAAAGAUGUCUUUGUGUUCCAUAAUCUGAUGAGAUUUUCACACUCUGCACAUGAUAAUUGUUAGAUUUUUAUUGUGUUGAUAAAUUGUAUAUCAAAUAAAAAAUGUUAUUACCUCUUAAAUUAGGAUUUUUAGGUGAUAUAGGCAGAAAGGAAGGCAAGUUUUUAUAACUUUGUCUAAAUGAACUUUCUAAAUGCCUGAGUAUUAAAAGAUAGCAUGUCUAUAAAUCACAAUGUAUAUAUUACUGUAUGACCUAGGACCAAUCAAAACCAUUACCUCUGAUAACAUUAUAUUGUGCCCAGUAUAAAAUAGAUAUAAUAAUACCUCAAACUUAAAUCCAGGCAUUGUCAUUGAAUAUCUUAAGAAUAUGCAGCAAAGGUGCUUUUAAAAAUACAAGCUAGUGAUUGUACUAAAUUUGUAAAUCACAUAGGAUAGUGGGUCAUUUUAAGAAUAUUAUUUCGCUCUUUCCUUGCCUAACGCAGCCAUGGCUCGUGGUCCCAAGAAGCAUCUGAAGCGGGUGGCAGCUCCAAAGCAUUGGAUGCUGGAUAAAUUGACCGGUGUGUUUGCUCCUCGUCCAUCCACCGGUCCCCACAAGUUGAGAGAGUGUCUCCCCCUCAUCAUUUUCCUAAGGAACAGACUUAAGUAUGCCCUGACAGGAGAUGAAGUAAAGAAGAUUUGCAUGCAGCGGUUCAUUAAAAUCGAUGGCAAGGUCCGAACUGAUAUAACCUAUCCUGCUGGAUUCAUGGAUGUCAUCAGCAUUGACAAGACGGGAGAGAAUUUCCGUCUGAUCUAUGACACCAAGGGUCGCUUUGCUGUACAUCGUAUUACACCUGAGGAGGCCAAGUACAAGUUGUGCAAAGUGAGAAAGAUCUUUGUGGGCACAAAAGGAAUCCCUCAUCUGGUGACUCAUGAUGCCCGCACCAUCCGCUACCCCGAUCCCCUCAUCAAGGUGAAUGAUACCAUUCAGAUUGAUUUGGAGACUGGCAAGAUUACUGAUUUCAUCAAGUUCGACACUGGUAACCUGUGUAUGGUGACUGGAGGUGCUAACCUAGGAAGAAUUGGUGUGAUCACCAACAGAGAGAGGCACCCUGGAUCUUUUGACGUGGUUCACGUGAAAGAUGCCAAUGGCAACAGCUUUGCCACUCGACUUUCCAACAUUUUUGUUAUUGGCAAGGGCAACAAACCAUGGAUUUCUCUUCCCCGAGGAAAGGGUAUCCGCCUCACCAUUGCUGAAGAGAGAGACAAAAGACUGGCGGCCAAACAGAGCAGUGGGUGAAAUGGGUCCCUGGGUGACAUGUCAGAUCUUUGUACGUAAUUAAAAAUAUUGUGGCAGGAUUAA